AUGGGAUGCGUCAGCUCCAGCGCCACGGUGGUCCGCCCGCUACGACCCCCCAGCAACGCAGCGCAGGACCAAACAGGAAGUAAAAGCGCACGUAGCAACUCGGCCGUGUCAAAGGUCACGCAGGACAGCGGCGUGGAGGUGGCGCCGUUGGACAACGGGGCGGCGUUACCCGGGGAGGUGCCAGGGAAGCCACCCCCGCCCUUGGGGGGCGGAGGCCUACUGGAGCAGGAGCAUCCCACCUCCAGCGAGAUCCUGGAAGAGCUGCAGAGCGAAGGAAUCAUCCAAGUCAGCCCCCGCAGGGCGACCCCCGCCGGGGAGGCCUACACCGUCACGCUGGGUGACAGCGAGGGGGUCAAACGGCGGCCCCCGGCCAGGCUGCAGUCCCUGAGGGUCAAGCGUCUCCCCAGCAGAGAGGACAUGGAGGAGAAGAUGACGCUGGCGGACAAGAGACGAAAGCGGAGGGAAGAUGAGCUGACGGCACGUCUGAAGUCGGCCCGUGUACGCCGACCCGCCGCUGUUGGUGCGGAGGAGGAGGAUGAUGGAGAACCUGGAGAGCCUCAGCAGGGAGAAGAUGCUGGAGAUGAGAAGGUGAUGAAUGCAGCUUCAGAGAGCAACCCCAGCAUCCAACGAGGAGGAGGAGAAGGAGGCCAAGAGGAGGUGUCUGGGCACCCAGAUGCAGUGAAGGCCCCAAAGUGA